AUGCCGAAAUUUGACACAUACACCCCACUCAACACCAGAAGGAAAGACAUAAUCAAGGAAAUCCUAAAUGCAAAGAUCAUCAAACCUCCGAGCAGAGCCGGCUCAUACCAGGAACAAAGAUAUGUGGACAAAUCAAAGCAUUGCGCUUUUCAUCAAAAGUUCGGUCAUAUGACAGACGAAUGCGUCAUCGCCAAGGAUCUGCUCGAAAGAUUAGCCCGGGAAGGUCACCUUGACAAAUACAUAGGAAAGAAAACGCAACAACACCCGAAGAUCACAGCCGAGCAUCCAACAGAACAUCAACCAAGUACAGCCGAGAAGAACAGAUCCCAACCACCAACAACAAGAGGAGUCAUACACUGUAUAUCAGGUGGAUCGGCAGGAGGGGGAAACACAAACUCGGCAAGAAAACGCAGCUAUAGGACGAUGCUAAUGGUCCAAAGCGCAGACGAUGCCCCUGCAAUAAAAUCACAUGUAAAUACGAUAUCAUUCGAGCGUUCGGACCUUCGAGCAAAAGCCACAAACCUCGAUGAUCCAGUAGUCAUUUUAAUUCAAGCAGGAGACCUUCUAGUAAAAAAGGUCCUGCUCGACCCAGGCAGCAGCGCCGAUGUUCUUUUUUUCUCCACGUUUCAGAAAAUGAAACUAAGUGCAAACACAAUGAUCCCAUCAUCCGGAGAACUCGUGGGAUUUUCAGGGGAAUGA